AUUUAUGGAAUGGGUGGAAUAGGGAAGACAACCCUUGCCAAAAUUGCUUAUAACCAAAACUUUGACAGAUUUGAAAGUAGCAGUUUUCUUGCAGAUAUUAGAGAAUCUUCAACACAACCCAAUGGUUUGCUUCGUCUACAAAAACAACUUCUUUCAAACAUUCUCAAGCGGAAAAAGGAAAGGAUACACAAUGUUGAUGAGGGAAUCAUUAAGAUUAAAGAUGCAAUGUGCUGUAAAAGAGUUCUUGUUGUUCUUGACGAUGUUGAUGAACUGGACCAAUUAAAUGCAAUACUUGGGAUGCGAGAUUGGCUUCAUCCAGGAAGUAAAAUUAUCAUAACAACCAGACGGGAGCGAAUCUUAAAGGCUCAUGAACGGUGUGAGAUGUACAAAGUUAAGGAAUUGAGUGACGUUGAAGCACUUUGUCUCUUCUGUCGGCAUGCUUUUGGACAAGACCAUCCUGUUGAACCUUACGUCGAGCAGUCCAAAAAGGCAACAUACUACUGCAAUGGUCUUCCAUUAGCUCUGGAAGUCUUGGGUUGUUCUCUCUCUGGUGAAAAUGUUGAUGUAUGGGAAAGUGCAUUGACAAAGUUGGGAAGAUUUUCAAAUGUCAAAUUACACAAUGUACUUCAAAUAAGCUAUGAUUGUUUGGAUGAUCAUGACAAAGAUUUAUUCCUUGAUAUUGUUUGUUUCUUUGCAUGGAAAGGCAAAGAUCACAUGGUUAAAAUACUAGAUGGAUGUGACUUCCACACAACAGUUGGAGUACAAAAUCUCAUUCGUAGAUGUCUUGUAGGGAUUAAUGAGGUUGACAACAAUACUCUCAUAAUGCAUCAAUUGCUAAGAGACAUGGGUAGGGAAAUUAUUCGCCAAGAAUCACCAAAGGAACCUGGAAGGCGUAGUAGAGUAUGGCAUCACAAGGAUGCUUUCAACGUAUUGAACGAAAAUACUGGAACAGAAGCAAUUGAAGGCCUUAUCCUGGACUUGCAAGAACAGAAGGAAGAAAUGAGAGUCAAGAAAAUAACUAAUCCAAAACUUCGCCAUAUAGCACAUCUACUUUGUGAACGUAGAUCAUCAAAGCGUCGCCGUCUUGGUUGGCUUCCUAUAAAUUAUGCCUCAACAGGACAACCUUCAGAAUUAGGUGAAUUGGAUUUAAACACUGAUGCAUUUUCACAAAUGCACAAGCUACGGAUACUCCAACUCUAUGAUGUACAUCUUAGUGGAGGCUAUGAUGAAUUUCCUAAGAAAUUAAGAUGGUUGUGUUGGCAUGGAUUCCCUUUAACAGUUAUACCUGAUGAUUUUCCUCUAGAGAACAUGGUUGUUCUUGAAUUUUCCAAUAGCAGCUUGAAACAAUUUUGGAAGGGAAGCAAGUUGCUCGAACAAUUGAAAAUCCUCAAUCUCACUCGUUCCUACGACCUUACUAGUUCCCCUGAUUUCUCAAAGCUUCCUAAUCUUGAGAGGUUGAUUCUUAAAGAUUGUAUCAAGUUGGUUGAGGUUCAUGAGUCCAUGAGUCCUAAUCUUGAGAGGUUGAUUCAUAAUCAGCGAAGUGAAGCUUCCAAGGAAAAUUCUCAGCUUAAUACCCUUGAAAAACUUAAUAUUUCGGGUUGUUCAAAGCUUGAUGAAUUGCCUACAGAUUUGGGCGAGAUGAAAUCUUUGAGAGAGUUUCAAGCCGAUGGAGUAAACAUGUUGUCCUCAACCACUGGAGAGGUUAAGUCAUGGCAAGCAGUUGUCAAGUCUUGGGUGUCAAAACCAAGUAAAAGACCUGUAUUUUCAUUGGCUUCUUUACCAAAAUUUGUAGUAUAUUUAAGCCUUGAAGAUUGCAAUCUAACCGACAAUACAUUUCCUAAGGAUCUUAGUAGCAUGCCUUUGUUGCAAGGAUUGAGACUCAGCAGAAAUCCAAUCUGUAACUUACCAGAAUGCAUAAAAAAUCUUAGUGCGCUCAUGGAACUUGAUUUACAGCGCUGCACGAAGCUCCAAGCACUUCCAGAGCUCCCAAUGAGUUUAUUGGGAAUGACAAUAUAUGGAUGCAAGUCACUGGAAAGGGUAACAAAUCUACCAAACCUGUUGAAUUCACUGAUGCUGAGCACAUAUGGUUGUGUAAAACUAGUUGAGGUUGAGGGAAUGUUCAAGUUGGAAUCCAUUGAUAAAAUUGAUUCAGAAAUUAUGGACAACUUGGGCUUGUCUCAGUUGGAAUCCAUGGACUGCCUUGACAUGAAAUUGCUCAGUAAUCUUACAUUCACAAAAAGGAAAGUUCGAGAACUCCAGGUACUAUAUGAAUGCGGUAUAUACAGCAUAUUCCUUCCAGGGAAUGCGGUCCCAAGCUGGUUCAACAAUAAGAGUACGGGGUCCGCGAGGGAAAGUCUAUAG